AUGUACGAAUCUCCUGUCAUUGAUGAUUCAAAGCUAACCACGACGGAAGUAGAUGGCUUAGGAAAAUUAACAGCAUUGACCAUCUGCGAUCAAAAAUCGCGGGAAAAGUGCCAUCGCUACACUGGGAUAAGAUAUGCAGAGCCGCCUGUUGGCCCGCUCAGAUGGAGAAGACCACAACGCUUACCAGAAGAUUUUGACUAUUCUGGAGACUAUUCCUCGUUCAAAACAAUUUGCCCACAACCGUUCUACAAUAACAGGGGAGGAAAACCCAAUCCUGAAUUUAAGUACGACGAAGACUGCCUUUUUUUGAAUAUCUGGGUUCCAGCUGGUGAGCCACCAGCCGGAGGAUGGCCAGUAUUGUAUUUCAUUCAUGGCGGGUGGUUGCAAGUUGGAAAUCCGAUACACUAUCGCCAAUGUGACCCUCAAGAUUUGAUGGCUGAGGAAAGUCUGGACAAAUUCAUUUUCGUGUCGCCAGGAUACAGACUAAACAUUUUUGGAUUUUUGUCCUGCCAAGACCUUUUGGAUGAGGACAGUGAAAAUUCCAACUUUGGCUUCUGGGAUCAGCGCUUAGGCCUUGAGUGGGUCUACAAGCACAUAGCUAAGCUUGGGGGGAACAAGGAAAAUAUUACUGUUGGUGGGGUAAGUGCUGGUUCAUACUCUACCAUCUUUCAGGUAACGUAUGAACUAUAUCAUCCCGAAGUCACCCAGAUUAUUAAAAAGGCACUACUCCUGUCCAACGGCUUGGCAAUUCAACCGAAAACGAUCCCAGAGUGCAGUGAACAGUAUGAGGAGGUACUGAGCGUAUUCAAUGUUGACCCAAAUCUUCCAAGUGCUGAAAGACUGAAGUCAUUGCGUGAAAUUCCUUUCCAAACCAUUGCCAACAAGAUUCUUGAUUUCAAUCUUCACACUUUCAGGGGUGUUACCGAAAAUGACAUGGUUCCUCCCCAAAUGUUCAGCGAUAUUUUGGAUGGUACUUUUGGAGUCAAAGCUAAAGCCUCAGGAAUAUCUUUCAUUAUUGGGGAGGUGAUCAAUGAACAUGCAGUGUAUGCGAAUACCAACCCACCAAGGAGCACCGAGGACUUAUUCAAUCAAAUCAAUAAUUACUACCCCAAACCUGUCACUGAGGCUCUUCUACAGCUUUAUCCCGAUCCUCCCAGCUCUAAAACCGAAGAGGAGCAGCUUGCAAAUAUCAAGUUUCUUUACGGCCGGAUCAUCAGUGACUUGCAGGUAUACGCUUCAAGUCGUGUUUUGGUUAAUAGUUUGAUCAAAGGAGGCGUCCCGUCCGAAAAAAUCAAUCGUUACCAGAUCGCGUUUAGAGGAGCAUUCUUUGACAAAUAUGAACCACCGGAGAUGCUCGUGCCUCAUGCUGGAGAUAUGGGCAUUUGGUUUUAUAACGUGGUUGACGGUAUUCUGGAGCAGGAAAAGCCGCUAUACCUUUCCUGGCUGAAGCCUUAUUGCGGGUGGCUCAGUAGCGGAAUCAUGGACUGGGGUCACACAGAUCCCAAACAAAUGCGAGUAUUCAGUCCUGACGGAUCAAUCACCAUCGAAACUGACUCAAACUGGGAAUGGGGGAUGACCGUCGGGAAUACAGUUGGAAACGCACUAGGCCAUAAAUCUAUUCUCCCCCUCGCUUAG